AUGCCUAUAGGGGUGCCGAAGGAAAACCUAUUCGGCGUAGACUAUCUUGGGCCGAACAAGAUUACCGAUAGGGAGAUUGCCAAAUUUCGAGCAGAAUACCGCAUUCCCGACUCGGUACGGAUGAGGAUCCCGGGCCCUACCGAAUCCCUUAGUGCGCCGAAGGACGGCGAAGUAGUUUUCUUUACCGACGUCCUUGUGCAAGGCGUUCGGUUGCCGUUGCAGCCGGCGGUGCAGAGGAUUCUGGCCCAGAUCGGCUACGCCCCGGGGCAAUUCAACCCCAACUUCUGGGUGGCCCUCAUGGGAGUGAUAACGGCCUUCGGCAUGGCUGGCGAAGGGAGCCCCUCGUAUGAGCAGUUCUCCUAUCUCUACAGCGUUACCAAGUCCAAGUGUGCCGAUCACGGCGGAUGGGUGCAGGCGAACUGCCUCAGGGCUGCCGAUCGAGGCCACUUUGUCAGCUGGGUACCGACUUCACAGAAGUCGUGGAGGAAUCGGCGGGUGCUCCUCUCGGGCGACUGGGAGUCGCCUUCGGGACAACCUGUCCGAUUUCGCAUUCCCACAACCUUCCAAAUGGCCGGUAAGCUGAAGCGGCCGAUCGCAACGCAGGCCGAGAUUCAGCAAGUGGAGAGAGUGAGGAGGAAAGUCCCUGCCGAGGAGAGGGUGUAUCCGCAGUUCCUCUUCACCACCAGUCUGAUUCGGGCCCAGCUGGUUGAUCCUGCCGAGAUGACGGAAGAGAGGAGAGCUGCCGAGGCUAAGAGGAUGAACGAGUCCUCCAAGCGCCGUCUCAUGAUGGGCUUCCAGGGGAAGAAGAAGAAAACCCAGCCGCAGGGCUCGGCAUCGGUAGACCCGGAGGACCAGACGUUGGCCGACCGUCUCCGUGAGCUCAACGCCGAUUCGGCACAGGCCGGGGCAGCAGCGGCCGACCCUUCUCCCCGCCGAGGCGCCACUACCGAAGGGACUUCCUCUCGAGCCGCCGGCAAACGGCCCUUCACCGUCGACCUAGAUGCCGAACCGGCCCCAAAACGCGGACGGCAGGCCGAGCCGACUCGGGCCAUCUUCGCUGCUGACAAUGACGAGGAGUCUGCCGAUCCCGUCACUCUGGCCUGUCCGCCGAAGACGGUCCAGUUCGCGAACCAUAUGAUCAUUGGUUCGCAAAUGGAGCUGAACGAGAUCGAGGAGCUGCCGAAGAAGCUCCUUCGAGAGGAGGCGGGUCGCGCCUUCCGUCUUCAGGCAUCGGCUUCGAUGGACAUGUGGCUUUGCAUGAAGCGGGCCAUCAAUGCGGCUGAGAAGGCGAAGAAGGCCUAUGACGACGGCAGGGCCAGGGUUGCCGAGGCUGGCAAGGCUAUCCAGGACCAUGCGAACCUGGCGAAGGAUUUGCAAGCUGCCGAACGGCAGGUCAGGGUAUAUGAGUCCAAGUUCGCAGAUCUGUCGUCUGCCCUGGACUCGGCACAGCUGUCGGCUAAAGAGGCUCUGGAGGCAAAGGAGGCCGUUGAGGUGGCUCUGGAGGAGUCGUAG